AUGGCUGAAUUAAGUGCAAAUUCUUCAAUUGUGAAUGGCUCCGAUCCUAAUAAUUUGGAUGUAAAGAAGGCUGAAUUUUGUGCGGGGUUGUCUGAUCACAAUGGUUAUGGCAGUAGCUGUGAGUUCCUGAAAGCCCAUCUGCAGUGCACGUCAGAUGGGUUUUUUUAUUACUUAAAGUUUUAUUAUUGUAAUUGCGGUGAGAGUGCAUGGGCAUUUUUGGUGUUGGGGGCUUGGCUUGCUGCAUUGUUCUAUCUUUUAGGAAACACUGCGGCAGAUUACUUUUGUUGUUCUUUGGAAAAACUUUCAACUCUUCUGAAGCUAUCUCUUACUGUAGCCGGUGUAACUCUGCUUCCACUUGGAAAUGGUGCUCCAGAUGUGUUUGCUAGUAUUGCUGCUUUUUUAGUGGCUGCCAAUGAGAUUUUGAGGGAACAAGCGCAGAGGCUGAAACUGGACGCCGUUACUCCUUUGCUUCAUUCCCAUGGUUCCCUACCUCAGUGGAUGUGGGCUUCUAAUGUGGCAAUAUAUUCAAACCAGGUGCUGAAGAUCCCUGAUGUUGACAAGUCUUUGUGGGGAUGGAAUGACGAAGACAUAGAAAUGGAACGGCCAUCAUUUUCCUGUUCGAAGCUAUUUUCCCUUAUGGAGUUGCCUCUGACUGUACCGAGGCGGCUCACAAUUCCUUUAGUGGAGGAGGAAACUUGGUCUAAGCCAUAUGCUAUGGGAAGUGCUCUAUUGGCUCCAAUUCUUCUUGCUUAUCUGUGGAGUUCACAAUACAGCUUGGGUUCUCAAAGUAGAAUAGUUGCAUACUUCAUCGGCAUCUUAAUUGGAUGCACGCUUUGUAUUCUUACUUAUAAGCACACAAGGCCAGAUCGUCCACCUCAGAAAUUUUUAUUUCCAUGGGUUUUAGGAGGAUUUGUGAUGAGUAUUGUUUGGUUUUACAUGAUUGCAAAUGAGCUUGUUGCUCUACUUGUUGGAUUUGGUGUGGUUCUAGGUGUCAAUCCUUCCAUCCUUGGGUUAACUGUAUUGGCUUGGGGCAACUCGAUGGGUGAUUUGGUUUCUAACAUUGCUUUGUCACUGAAUGGUGGAGAUGGCGUACAGAUUGCAAUGUUUGGAUGUUAUGCAGGUGCUAUGUUCAACACGCUUAUUGGAUUGGGCAUCUCAAUGCUGUUGGGAGCCUGGUCUGAGAAACCUAUUCCCUUUGUGCUCCCACGAGAUAGAAGCUUGUGUUUCACCUUGGGAUUUCUCAUUUCAGGAAUUAUUUGGGCACUCGUUGUUUUACCCAGAAAUAACAUGCGUCCGAGCAGGAUGCUUGGAGCAGGCCUAGUUGCCAUAUAUUUGAUAUUUCUCUCUUUCAGGGUGGGAUCUGCUAUGGGAAUGUUUUCUUUAGCUGGUCUUAGCUGA